UGCUUAUCGAUAAACUGCCAAACUAAAUUAAUAAUCUUUAGCAAUUAUUUGGCAAACGAAGCACCGUAGCUGAUGUUGGGCUAUCUGCAGGAACUGCGCGGCAGCAGCUCUGGGACGGAGCAGCUGCCCGGCGACAUAUACAGCGUGUUCUUUGCGGAUAUUCUUCAAUCAGCCAAGGAAAAUGGAUGCAAGUCCAAGGAAAACCCUGGCGAAUUUUCCAUGCUACGGAGCUUUGAAGCGGAGGCAAGUAAUCAAUUGGAGCCACCGUCUGCUACAGAUGAGGAUGUCUGGAUCUUUGGCUACGGGUCUUUGGUGUGGAAGGCAGAUUUCCCCUAUAUAGACCGUCGCCGUGGGUUCAUCUUUGGCUUCAAGCGUCGCUUUUACCAGCACAGCAUCGACCAUCGCGGGAUUCCUGAACGUCCCGGCCGCGUGGUCACUCUUCUGCCCGGUGAUCCAGCCGAGGAUCGGGUCUACGGUGUGGCCUAUCGCAUUGCAGCUAGUCAAAAGAGUGCGGUUUUAAAUCAUCUAGACUACAGAGAGAAGAAUGGCUACGAAAGGUGCAGCUUGGAGUUUCAUACAUAUCCAAAUACCACCGCUGGAAAUGAAGAACCUAUUCAAGUAAUAAUGUACGUGGCCACUCAGGCAAACGACUCCUAUGCCGGAAAUGUGUGGCAAGUGCCAUGCAUUGCGAAGCAAAUCUUCAGCUCUGCAGGUCCCAGUGGCCCGAAUCGCGAGUACCUGUUCAAUCUGGCCGCCGCCAUGGAUCAACUCUUUCCCGGUGCCGUGGACGAGCACCUGGAAGAGCUGGUGGCUUGCGUAAGGCGUCACAUCGUCGAGGAUGAGCCCAAGUUGAUGCGUAAUGCUCUGUUACAUGAAAUAUCUGGAAUUCUGGAAAAGGAGCAGCUGUCGGAGCAAGCCAAGCAGCUGGAGAAGCUUCUGGAGCGAUGCCAACAGCCUGGCGGACGGGAGUGGCUGCUCUACGGCGCACUGCAGCCCGGAAGCGAGGCGUGACCCCCACCAUUCCCACUAGAAAAUGAUUUAUAAUACCAAUGAGAAUGUAAAAGCAUUAUAAUGACGUGGUAGGGAGAUACUUACAAAUGGCAGGGAUUGUGAAUCACAAUUGAAAUUGUGAUUUAAAAUGACAAUGAUUUUUAAUAAAAUUUUUAUUAUAAAUGA